AUGGAGGACAGUUCUGAGCAACAACAUCAGACUGCCUUCGACAGUAUUCCAAUGAGGUGGUCAGAACAACACUCUUGCCCUCAUUCAUAUCAUGGCACCCCGGCACAAGAAUAUACAGGCUUUGGCUGGGGCUCACUACCACUUCCAAUGCAUUCAGCUGCCUUUUCACAGUCGCCACCAUUGAGACCGAGCCACCAACAACUACAGCCAUUGAUGAUGCCUUGGCCGAGCAUGAUUGGAAGCCAACAGACAUUCUAUCCACCACUGCUUCCGCAGACUCAAGUUGGCGCAACAUCUCCUCCUGCCGUGACGCCAGUAUCAGCCGGCUCUUCUAUCAGAUCAGGUCCUUCGGUACGUAAGACAUUGUCGGAUGAAGAUCGUCGGAGAAUGUGCAAGUACGCGGAGGACAAUCCCACUGCUAAGCAGACCGAAAUAGGAUAUCUUUUUGGAGUGGAACGGAGCACUGUUUCAAAAGUCCUUAGGAAGAAGGAGAUCUACCUCAACUCAGCUCAACUAAAGGAGACGCCACGCUCGCCUCCGAACAAGAGGACAAAAUCACGACUGCCAGAUAUUGAGAAGACACUCUCGGCGUGGGUCACCAAGGAGCAGAAGAGAGGUUCACCUAUCACAGACGAUGCUAUCAGAGAGCAGGCCUACUACUUUGCAUCCAUUCCUGGACCAGAAAAUCCAGCUUCGAAUCCAGUCAACAAUCCUGGCUGGCUGGAGAAAUUUAAGCAGAAGCAUCACGUAAACGGCGCAAUACCGAGUAGCAAAGAAGUACGCAAAGACUCCGUUACAGACUCUGACAAUGCGAACAAUGGUAAUUCAACACCUUCGCCUCUGGACGAGACUUUGAGCUCGAGCUCACCAGAAACCGUUUAUCCUGUCAUGGACAGCACAAUGAUCGAAGACAUCAAACCGACUACCAACAAACGACGCAAAUCUCCUCCCUCCAUAGAUACAGCAUUCACAGACAUUGGCUCGACCUCGACUUGCUUUACACCACAACUCCUAUCCCCAACAUCCCCCUUCUUCUCCCCAUCAUCUCAAAUCUCGGGACCACUGCAUAGCCCUCUUCUACAGCAAAACUUCCCAGCUCUGGAUCACUUCAUGUCGGACUCUCCCUCUGCCUCUGACACUCUAUCUCCCUCCCGACCCUUUUUGUCUUUUCUAUCCGAUGACAAAGAGAGGUUGGGCAGCAUAGAUGAAUUCAUGGAGGACAUCGACGUCAAGACUAUUGAUCCCGGAGCACUGUUGAGGACGAAGAAAAUACCCACCGAACAGGAAGCUAGAGAUGCUUUGGCUGUUGUGGUGGAGUAUUUUGAGGGUCAGCCGAGUGGUUGUUUAGAGUUUCAGGAGAGUAUGCUGUUGGGGCGGUUGAAGGAGAAGUUGCUGGUGAGGGGGUAG